AUGAAGUUCACCUCCGUUCUCGCUACCUCCAUCAUCGCUGCCGUGGCCGUUGCCGACGACGCUGCUGCUCCCGCUGCCCCUCCCGCCGACAUUACGGAAGCUCCUGCGGCUCCGGAAGCUGGUGAAGGCGCCGGUGCUCCUCCUAUCCAGUUCACCACUUGGGCCACCGCCUACGCCACCACUUUGCAAUACAAAUUCCCCGAUGGCGGCCUGGGACAAGCCCAAGUUUAUGAGCAACAAAUCCAAGGUGGUCUGGGUAGCGGCACCGGCUUUGCUAACGACUUUGCCAUCCACCCGUCUCCGUUCGAUCAGUUCUUCGCCAACUUCUUCGACUGGUUCCGCAACUCCGUCGGUGGUGCCAUUGGCCCCGCCACACCAACUCUCUUAUAA